GGAUAGGCGAAUUUCGUGGCACAGGCCGUCCAUAAAGUUACGUUUUCAUUCGGUUAAGUGUUCCAAGAGACAGGUUCCGUUUCGAAGGUGAUUUCAAACCUCUUAGCGGAUUUUGUCCCUCGUUUAUUUCCUUUCAUCGCAGCAAAAGACAGACAUGCUUCGAACAUUGGUCCGAUUUCUUUCGUUUGCCGAUUUCAUUCGGAGGUUUGUCAAAAAACGGAACUUUUCAGUGGUGGGGAUUUCCCACUUCACCCAACCCCGCCCUCCUGGAAGACUACAAAUACCCAGCACAAGGAACCUACAGAAGACUCUUCUGCCCGCACUGGUGCAAGCACUGCCUUUCUCCGGAUUCACGAGCUUCUCCAGGGAUGGAGUCGAAUUUCUGGUCAGUGCAAGUGAAGCAAGCCUGGGAUUCCGUCCCUCUGGUGCAAGAGGCCCAGCCUCCUCUGCUCCCCAGUUUUUCAGAAGACCGCGGUCCCUGGCCUCUCCCUUUCUAUCCGGUCCUAGGCGAGAUCUCUUCCGAUGAUGGCGGUGACUACCAGGAACAACCACUUCCAGUUUGGAUGAAUGACUUCGCGGGAACCUACCCCAGGACCGACUCUUGCAAGAUCCAGAGCACCUCGGAGCCCAGCAUUCCUGAGUCUGUGAGCGCCAUCCACGAGGAACAGCCAGAGAAACCCACCACUCUGGGAACCUGGAUGGAAGCAGUAGAAGAAUCAUUCAGAGUGGCGAUGCAGCCCUGGUCCUGUUCCACAGCGCUCCACCGUGGCAACGACGCAAAGGACACCGAGACCUGCGGCAGGAGUAGUUCCACAGAGUGUGAGCAACCAUCAGAGAGUGGAGAAGUAGACUCUGGACUUUGCCAGGAUGCCUGGAGAGCAUUCAUUGCCUGCCUGUUCUGUGGCUUGUUGCCGCCAGACAGUGGCAGCAGUGAGCCCUAGAGAGCAGCAGGUGCUCUUUUGGCGUUUUAGAGCGAAGUCCUUGUCAAGAGGAUCACUUUACCCAAACCAGUUAAUUCCCUGCAGCCUGCUACAUUCAGUGCAGCCCCCACCCCCACCCCUGCUUCCACAGUAAAUAAACAGUGGUUUGUAUUCGA